GAUAUCACUGUGAGCUAGUUGUGACUUGUGAGUGUGUGUGUGUCAGUGAGUGUACUGUAUGUGCCUUUCUUUGCAAUAAUUAUGUAAUUUUCUCAUCUUCUUGUCUUUUACUGACUGCAUUUGUUUGGAGGUGUCAUUGCCAAGCAUCUUAGUUAUAGCAAUGAUGUAAUUCUGUGUUAUUUUCUGAUUCGAGCACCCUAGCAAUGGUCGUGGUGAAAAGAGUCCAAAGUCAAAAGAGUCAUUCUGCGAGGAGCUCCUAGUUUGAUGGUGAUUGAUCUUAAAAUUAGGUCUUCUGAGAAGUGAGAAUAUGCUGUCAAAUGGAAGUUACGAGAAGCAUAGAUGAAAUUAAUUUAGACUGAUAGACUACCAAGAAGAUGAGCAAGUUUUUACAUUACAUUAGCAACAGAUAGUUCUGUUUGGUGCCUUUAGUGGCUCGAAAUGGAUGUGACAAGUAGCAAGGAACAACCAGUUAGAUUGCAAGCGAAGAGAAGAACUGCUAUCAGAAAUAAACUGAAGAGUUUCUUGCUGGAAUGAAUCUCUUGUCAUGCUAUGACUUUGUUGAGAAAUCUUGUGACUAUAUAUUGAAGCAACUUUCAAGAAUGCAGAAACAAGGGGAAUGUCCUGAAGAAUGUAGAGAAGUUGUUGCAUCCCUGAUGUAUGCUGCUGCAAGGUUCUCUGAUUUUCCUGAACUGCGAGAUCUUAGAGAUGUAUUUCAACAGAAAUAUGGUAGUUUAGAAGCCUUUGUUAAUCAGAAGUUUGUUGAGAAAAUGUCUUUGAGGCCUCCUCCAAAAGAAAAGAGACUGCAGGUGUUGCAAGACAUAGCUUCAGAGUUCUCAAUUAAGUGGGACUCCAAGGGAUUUGAACAGAGAAUGGCUGCUCCUUCAGUGGUUUCACAGGUGGAUGUAGUGAAACAAAGCCCUGGGCUUCUGGAGGAGAAAAGCAGAUUAAAAAGCUGUGGUGGAGGAGGUAAAAUCUGGAGAAGAGAUGAAGGUGAUCAUCAAAUUUCUAGAACGAAGGAUGUAAUCAGGUAUAGAGAAAAGUCAGUUUUGGAGAAUGGAGGGAGUACUUUGCAAGGCGAUGAUGAUAAUUUGAAUGGCAGAAGGCACAUGUUAACUGUAAAUAAACCUUCAUAUCCUACAGAGACAUGUGAUGCAGACUUUAAGGCAGAAAGAUCGAACAAUUCAUCUCAUGGGAAGAUACUGGGUAAUAAUGCUCAGAGUACAUACUCAAGGGCCAGUAAUGGUAUCCCUAAUUCAAGGAAAGGAGAAAGUGUAGCAACAUUAUUCAGUGAGAAGACAAACUUUUUUCCUGGUUGUGUUGAACAGCUUGGUAAAACUGAAAAUGCCAUUUUGUCUUCUAAGUAUUCCAGUAACGAUGGUUCAGUGGGCUCAACGAUGAAAGGAGUGGAUGAAGGAUCUGAUAGGUUGAAAUCUUGCUCAAGUUACAUCCUGCCUCCACCAUACAUCAAACCAAAUCAGAGUGCCACUCGCCCUCCUUAUGUAAAGCUGAAAGAAGAUAAACAUAAACUCAGUGGAGGUUCUAAGGAUUCUCUGUCUAAUCUGGAUGAACAGAUAAUUGAUCCUGGCUCUCGCAACAGAAGUUGUUAUGUCAACGACUGCUCGGGCAGGCCUCAUACAGAAUCAGAUCACCGUGACCGUAAUGAAAAAAAUGCUGCUCCUGCCAGUGUAAAGAGUUAUGGGCUUGAAAAGGAGCAUGAUUAUCAAGACGAGAGAAUUCCCUUACCAAAACCUCGAUCAAUUCGAAGGAAACAUCAUAAAUCAUCAUCAUCCAACAACAAUGCCGUUGAUACUCUUGAAGAUGUUAAGGCAGUAAAUAAGAGCUCAAGUAGCAGGAGAAAGGAUCAUUCUAGGAAGGGCUUGCAGGUACUGUUUGAUGAUGAGCAGCACCACAUAAAAGAUGAUGAAGAAAAAAUGAUAGAUAAACUGCUGAUGCAUUACAGCAAGAAACCAACAAGUUCUGAUGCAGGAAAGUUGAAGAAAAAAAUGUUGGGCCAGCCUCCACAUCAAAUCAUUUGUGGGAGUGAAUCAUCUUCUGAUCAAAUCAUGAAUAUGCAUGAUAGUAAAUUUGAAGCAUUUCCAACUCCGGCUAGGUCUGUUUCUCUUCCUCGUGAACAAGCUGCUCCACCAGAAGCAAAGAAAGUUUUUGCGCGUUCCAACACAUUCCAGCCGGAUAAUCAGGCUACGCAUGUGCAUCCCAAAUUACCUGAUUACGACGAUCUAGCUGCUAGAUUUGCGGCUCUAAAGGGUAGAUGAACAAAGAGAGGUAAUGGAACUUGAGGAAGUGUUCCUAACUUUUAAUCUCAUCGUGCAAGGAGAAGAAAGCUGUAACUGAUAACAGUAUUCGAUGUAUGCAGGUUCUGUAGAGUGAACUUAGGUAUAGAGUACUGGAUUUGCAUGAAAUAGAUAUUGCAAUAAAGUUAAUAGAAAUUUAUGAAGUUUUGCUUACUGCAAUUCUUUGGUAACUAUGAUCAGUGCUGUAAUGUUAGUUGUACGAUUGUAUGGUUUGUGUGUAUUGAGUUUGAAAUGGUAUGAUUUCUGAUUCGUUAAUAGUUUCAA